UUGGACUCUAACCAGCAUUGGCAAAGGCUAAAUCGAUCAAUGCAUUUCACGCAGUCAGAGGUCACCGCAUGAAGCAGUUUUCCCCAUUUAUUUGGUUCAAUAGCUUGACGCUUUGUCGUGGUACUACUGUGAAUAAAUGUCUGGUCACGUUCUGUGCAGAUUUCGUUGAGUAAAACUCGGGUUGCGUAUAAAACGCUGACAUCUGUGAAUGAUACGUAGUGUAUGUUUGGUUGCCUGAGGUGGCUGACGGUCCGAAGUGGGAAACUGGUUGUCGGUUUUGACAUCUUGUGUUCUUUAGCUUUGGGUUGUUUUUGCUCUUGAACGAAAUGCUAGAGUACAAGUAGUAACUGCAAUAGAUAAGUUCACAUAACCGUGUGAUAUUCAUUUUAAUUCCUGCUUCAAAUCGAGUCUAUUACCGACGCAGCUUGCUUCGGAGAUCAAGAUGGCAAACCUUGACAAGCCUCCCUCGUCUGAGCAGCAGGUCCGACUCAUGAUAUGGACUGUUCCUCGCUCCACCUCAACUGUCCUGGCCAAAUGUCUGAGCUGCGUCGACAACUCAAAAGUUUUCUUCGAAAACUAUGUCGCUGCCUCACUUCUUGACCCCACGCGACAGCUUGGCAAAUACCAAAAUGCUGAACUCGAAGAGGCGAUGGGUGCUGCUUUUAAAAACGCAUCUGAAGUGGCGGGGAUAUCGGCUGGGUUUGAGGCAUCUGAAUGCAACUACCAAUGGGUCAAGGAGCAGCUCGAGAAAGCCCACGUCGAAAAGAAGUUCAUCUUCUGUAAAGACAUGGCGUACGCCAUAUCAGAUCAGAUGGAGUUCCUCCCGAAGGGUUACCGUCAUUUGUUCCUCAUCCGUCAUCCUCUCAAGGUCUUCCCAUCUUGGAAGAAGAUGCUCCAGAGAAUGGCAAAGCUGCCUCCGGAUGAAUUCAGCCUUACAGACUUUCCUACGAGAAUUUUCACGAAAGGUCAUGGCUUCCGAGAGAUACACGAGUUGUUCGAGUACGUGACGAAGGAGCUUGGGCAAGAGGCGAUCAUCAUCGACGCGGAUGACCUUCUCCAAGAUCCCAAGGGUAUCCUGUCGGCGCUCUUCAAGCUCAUCGGGCUGCCCUUCGAGGAGAAGAUACUACACUGGGAAGCAGGGAAUGCAGUUACUGAGCGCUGGACCAUCCCACGGCUGUUAUUAAGAGGAGACCAGCUUGGAGGUUUCUACAAGAAUGCACUGGAUAGUACGUGCUUCCUGAAACCUGGGGCUUUACCCGAUCGCUCAUCUGUUUCUCCCGACAUCCUCCGUGUGGUAGACGCCUCCAUGCCGCUGUACGAGAAAAUGUACGCCCAGCGAUUGUCAGCAUAAAACUUUCCCGACAUUUUUGCUCUAUCCAUGCUCUUCAACAUGUUUUCUUUUUUCUUCGAGCGCAUUUUCAAUGCGAUUUUUUUAAAUUCAACAUAUAAACGGAUAAAGCUUUUAUACACUUUAAUUUUGGUCUGCAGUUUCGCCCACAACGCACAAAAAAAGAUACACCUAAUUUUAAUGUCGGGCGGAAAAUAACGCAUGUUUCAUAUGAAACUAAACGUGAAACUAAACGUGCAUGGGGACUCAAAAGUGAUCUAUAUAGUGCUAGAAAAGAUUUGCUCUAUAUUUUUGAGGACCAAAGUUCUGUUCCAAGACGCGAUAUCAUCAGCUGAGCGGAUGACCUUCUCCAUUACAUCAGAAAACUUCUUUUCUUUCGACAACACACCCGUCAGCCGGAAGUGGCUUACAUUGUAUACAUUAUUAUUUUGUAUUCAUUGCACUUGCAAAGUCUUGCACGUUUUCGGAUAGUUCCCAUGCUUGACUCCUGCAGCUCCGAAGCGUGGCUUAUUUGCUGUGUCGGCUCCUUGUGAAAUAGCGCCAGCCUAGCUAUCUGAUCUUUCUGGUACUUUGGGGCAAACUUUAAGACGUCGGGGGUUUUGUGGUUUCCUUGUUCUAUGUGAUUUGCCUGGACUUGAUCGUCUAAUAAACUUAAUCAUUGUUUUAAGAGCAAAUCAGGAA